AAAAGAGGUUCAAGAAGAAGUAAAGUAAAUCUAUUUGUUAGGAAUGGCAACACAAAACCAUCAAUGUCAUGAACAAAGUGCCGACCGCCGAUUACUUAAAGGUAGUAAGGGAAAAUACUGUAAUACACUAUACAUAGAAAACAACAAUGAUACUUUUGAAGAUAUUCCAAUAAUUGCUGAAGGAAGGCUAACCGGAUGCAGACUUGGAGUAUUCCUAAAACAGGAUAUCGAAAAUCCUGUCAUUCUCCCCUUGUACCCAAGCUCUCCGCUUAAUACAAACUAUCCAUUAAAGAAUUUCAAGAAGUACCAAACAUUGGAGUUCCCGAUGUAUUCACUUGAUACGGCUGCUGUCAAGGUUAUGAAGACAUUAGCAACGGUCGGUUCUGGCGUUCCUGUUAUGGCGUUCGAGAUCCCAAGAAAUCUCGAUUUCCUUAAGGUUCACUGGAGAAGGUGGAUGCCUUACUAUGAGGAAUGUACGGAUAUCAGGAUACUAAACGAUGACAAUCUUGCUUCGAUUGAUGAUGGCUCCUUAUUUACAUUACUCCCCUCUGAACAACUACCAGUCGAGAAACUCGCAAUUGAUCCGGAUAUGUUAUAUGAGAUCUACUCCAAGUUCUUCAUCCCAAAAAUCAAAAUCAAACAACCAAACGUUAUCAGUAAAGAAAGCGUUAGGGCUCCGUGUGUCAUCAAAGUUCCGAUUUCUCAAGGUCAACGUGGUGUUAAGAUAGCAACAACUGAUCGGGAAAUUUUCGAAUAUGAAGAAUGGACAAAGAAACAAGGAUGGAAAGAAGAAUUAAUGUAUCAAGAACUUCUGACUGAUACAAUAGCUGAUCGCUCUGUACAAACAUAUAUCCAUAAAGAUGGCUCUGUCAAUAUCGGUGGUUUCAGCAGUCAAACUUUUGCUAGUAAUACAGAUGUCUGGAAUGGUGGAACUUAUAGUAAGACUCCGGAAGAUGAAGCUGAGAACUUUCGCAUGAUAAACUUCUUGCAGCCUGUUUUAAAAAGCUCCAUGAGAUGGGUUACUUUGGUUACGUUUGUUUUGACGUCAUGGAAACACGUAACAGAGAGCUAUUCUUGGUCGAUAUAA